CAUAGAAGAUGAAUUCGAAUGGGCAGCCAAGAAAAAGAGAGACGACAGACGCGCAUGCAGAUGUUUCGCGCCACCCUGAAACCGAUGAGGCUGAGGCAAGUGCACAGAGAUGCACACAAGUGUCGGAGGAUCUUCUCCUCCUUCUUCUCCUCCUCCUCUUCUUUUCUGUGUAUCUCGAGGGGAACGAAGCACAGCCACGCGAGUGGGCGGCGCGUACCCUUCUCGAAAGCUUCUUCCCUUGCUGUUUAAACAGGGGUAGAGGGGAUCUUCUGUAUCGUUUGGAAGAACAUUACGAUGUCUUGUCUUAGUUGAUAGUCGUCGAGAAGACGCGGGAACGAAUGUAUGCAGUCGAGAUAUAUCUAGGGUCAGUUCUGAGCAACGUGUCUAGCCAUUUAUUCGGCCACCCUGCAUCCACUUCGUUUUUCCUCGCGCGAUCUUGAUCGCGCAAGUACACGUGACGCGUGGACCUUGAUAAGUGAUAAGCUUAUCAUAUUGAAAGAGUUAUUGAGAAUCUGUCGAAGAGAAGAGAUUUUCUGCGACUCAGUGCUUGUGGAGUUUAUUUGGGCAGCUUAAAAAUUGAAUUUUAUUGCACCAAGAUGCAUCUUGAAGACUAUCACGUGAGUAGAAGCGAGGAGGAUGUGCAACGAACAAUUUCCAAAAAUAUCAAACAAGAAGACUUCAAUACUUUACACUUAGCACCUAUCACCUCCAUAAACACAAGUAAUCAACAAUCCUGUUGGAUCACUUCUCACGCAGAGAACAUUUCAUCUCCUAUUCUACCUAAUAAUUCCAGUCCUAAAGAAUAUACAGAUUGGGAUCAGCUCACGACCGUUUUCCAAUAUCCCUGUCAGCCAUAUUCAUCUACAGACAGGUCACCAGAAAGUACCAGUAACGAAGCCACUACACCAACGUGGAAUAACAUCAUUCAUAGUGAAAUAUCAGAUUGUUCCAAUGGACAAAAACUACCCUCGGUUGGUUCUGCAUUUUCUUUCUCAAGAACCUUCUGCAACACCAUUUAUCCAGAAUAUCAAGGUUAUCAGGAUUAUCAGGAGUAUCAGGAUGACGUAUCAGUAUCUUUACCGCUUAUUCUUCACAAUCAAACUGAGGAUCAAGGAUUUAGUGGAUCCAUGCAAGCAAUUACAGAUGAAUUUGAUCUUAGUUUAAUUAGGGGUGAUCCUACAUCACUCUUGUGUACCAAUGUAGAGUCUCCUUCUUCACCCUCAUCUAUGUAUUUAGAAGAACUUCAAGAUCCAUUUUCUAAUUUGAAUGGAUCUUGUUACGCGGUUGGACAUUUGGUUUCUGGACAACAGGCCUCGGUUUCCACGAUGAAUUUUGUUAAUGAUACUGGAUUGAAUGAUGGAUUUGGAAAUCAAAUUGUUUUGCCUAGAAACGAAGGCUUAUUAUUGACUGAUAGGAGAGUGCCAGUAUCCAAGACCGCGCAAGAUAUGGAGAAACGAAGCAAAUCUUUCGAUAGUUCAACAACCGACGAAAAUUUGACGUCGACGUAUCAAUGUCGAUGGAUAGAUUGCGGUUGCGCUUUUGCCGAACAAGAAGGACUAGUUCGUCAUAUUGAGAGAAGGCACGUAGAAUCUUCGUCAUCGAAUUCUCAUGGACAUGGGAGACGAGUCCAAAGGGAUAGGGACAAGGAUAAAGAUAAAGAAGGGGAAACUUACACAGGUUCCGGAAGUGGACAGGAUGAAUUUGCUUGUUUGUGGCAAGGAUGUCCUCGUGCUCGACCUUUUAAUGCGAGAUACAAGCUGUUGAUUCAUAUGAGGGUUCAUAGUGGAGAAAAACCGAAUAAGUGUCCGUUCACUGGAUGCAAGAAGGCAUUUUCACGAUUAGAAAAUCUAAAAAUUCACCAAAGAUCUCAUACGGGAGAAAGACCAUAUGCUUGUCAGCAUCGUGGUUGUUCCAAAGCAUUUAGUAAUAGUAGUGAUCGUGCGAAACAUCAGAGAACUCAUUAUGAUACGAAACCAUAUGCGUGUCAAGUAACCGGAUGUGGAAAAAGGUAUACAGAUCCGUCCAGUUUGAGAAAACAUGUGAAGAAUCAUUCAGAGCCACCGAUUUCAUUGCCUAAUCCUUCGUUAACGCCAGAUAGCAAAAGUUCUGGUAAUAUAAUUAGUAAUAAUAACUUACGGCACGAUUCAAUUUCUACGAGUUCAAAGCAGCAACAGCAACAGAUCGGCUAUACAGAAGAAUCGAAUUAUCGAACGUAUAAGACUUCGGAAUCUUAUGCGGACGAGGACGUGGAUCUGUUCCAGACGAAUCUGUGUCAGGUCGAUAGGAUUUCCAUGAACCUUGACAGCAAUCAAGAAUAUAUUCCUAUCGAUUCUGUGAAACGCUUUCUCAUCGACGACGUCAAUGGAUCGCACGUGGAUGGUACAGGAUACCAGGUCGAGGAUGAAGUUCCUGACUUUCAAGAGCUUGGUUCAGAUAUUGAACAGCAAUUUUUCGAAUUAAGUAAUCUGGAUGAUGCGGUUUUCAUCGAUGGCUAAGGAAAAUGUUUAGAAGAAAGAGAUUCGAGAUGUCUUCAUGGUGAAUGCCAAUAUUUCCAAAGACUUUUUCCAUUUUUUUUUGUACUCGAUUUUUAUACGCUGAUUCGAUUACUUGAUAGAUAUAUUUUUGUACAUAGACAAUUGUAUAUAUUAUGAUUAAAUAUAUGAUUUUGAUUAUUAUCAAUUUUCAUAUUCCUUUGGAUCGUAUGAUUUCAUGUGAAUUAAAAAGAAAUCUGAUUUCUCAUCUUAUUUUCUGAAUUCUAAUGUGAAAAUUAGUAGUAAUAAAAUUAAAUUUUCAUGUAAGAAUAGGAAAAUUUGUUAUGCUUAUAAAAGAUGAAUAGUUUAUUUUUGUAUUUCUCAUAUAUUGAGUCAUAUAUAGUGACAGUUUUUUCUGGAUUAUUCAGUUACAAUUUCUUAAUACAAUAGAUACAUAUUUUUCCAAUACAUAAUUUCCACACAAAUCAAUUUUAUUAAUAAUUUUCUCACAUGUCAUAAUCAUUACACAAAUGUUUAACAAAAUACGUAGCUUAUACAAAAUACAAUAUCAUUGCGAAAAA